AGAUUUUACAGCGCGUAUUAUAGCUUUAUAGACUAUAUCAAAGUAAUAAAGAUGUAUCAUUAGGAAAUCAUCGGUUUAUCUCACGAAACGGAAGUUUUAUUUGGAAUGUUUGUUGGAAGUGCGAGCACCCACACUUUAGAAAAUAUUCGUUUUCAGAUGCACCUGGAUUAUCCACCGGUGCUGAGUUAGCUGUGAGUGCUUUGCGUGAUCGCGUGCAUUCAGCUCUUUACCAACACUGUGCGGAUACCUACGAAUCUACUAAAGCAGCAGGUCGUCUUGCAAAGAUUCUCCUGCUGCUCCCGCAACUCUACUUGCUCUCCGCUGAGGUCGUGGAACAUCAAAAGAUGCGGCACACAUUUGCCAGUCCAUAUCAGCUGAACCCACUUCUGGUGCAACUUUUUGGCGAUAUCUUUGAAGAAGGCAAAGCUGAUGAGCCGUAUCUGAUGUAG